CAUUGAUCUGAAGCAACUGCUCAUGCGCGAGAAACAUCAAAACAAGCACAAAGACAGAUUUCAAAUCCUUGCAACACCGGUGAACAUUACACAAAUUGUGUUACUAAGCUUUCACUGACUUCUCUUCUUUUAUUGGACACUGGAUAGACCGCAUUACAUCCUUCCAAGCACAGAGGUGACCCUCUGACUCUCUGUGUCACUGCUCAGUCAUGGACACAGGUUCUGUAGCAGGUAGGACCAGUUCGGUCUCCGAGGAGAUGGAGGGGAUAUGUGUGAUGCCAGAUAUGAGCAGCAUCAAGUCGGAACACCCGGGUGGGAGUGCGGACGACACAGGUGCACAGAACGUGGCCAUGGGGAUCAAGUUCAUCCUUCCCAACCGCUUCGAUAUGAACGUGUGCUCGAGGUUCGUCAAGUCGCUCAACGAGGAGGACAGCAAAAACAUCCAGGACCAGGUCAACUCCGACUUGGAGGUGGCAUCUGUUUUAUUUAAAGCCGAGUGUAAUAUUCAGACGUCGCCCUCACCAGGGAUACAAGUGCGUCAUGUUUACACCCCAUCCACCACCAAACACUUCUCCCCUAUCAAACAGUCGACAACACUCACCAACAAGCACCGCGGCAACGAGGUGUCCUCCACUCCUCUUUUGGUCCACUCCCUGUCCAUUCACCAGCUGGCAGCACAAGGAGAAAUGGUGUUCUUGGCCAGCAGGAUUGAACAAGAGACAGUGAUUAAUCUGCAGGAUGAGGAAGGCUUCACCCCCCUGAUGUGGGCUGCAGCACACGGACAGAUAGCAGUCGUAGAGUUCCUGCUCCAGAACGGAGCGGACCCCAACCUGUUGGCUAAAGGCAGAGAGAGUGCUCUGUCUCUGGCCUGCAGUAAGGGAUACACAGACAUCGUGAAGAUGCUCAUUGAUUGUGGGGUGGAUGUCAAUGAAUAUGACUGGAACGGAGGGGUUCCCGUGCUCUACGCCGUCCAUGGAAACCAUUUGCGUUGUGUGGAAAUUCUCCUAGAAAGUGGUGCCGACCCCACCAUUGAGUCUGACUCUGGCUUCAACGCUAUGGAUAUGGCUGUGGCAAUGGGCCAUAGGAAUGUUCAACAGGUGAUGGAGGCCCACCUACUGAAGCUGCUGAUGGGGAUCAGAGAGUGACCCACUAACCUGGGGGACAAGAGGAGGAAGGACUGCCUGUGAAUGGAAAUACAGUGGACACCAUAAUGAAGAAAGAAAUAUGUCUGAGGACAAUCGUGUAGCAUGUUUGAGACUGUCUUAUCUGUUAGGGUGAAGCUCAGGUGUGAAUGGUUUUGAUGAAGCAUGUGUGAGUAUUUAUGGAGACACGCAACUCAAAUGUGUAUGUUUCAGGCCUCCGUUUUGGGUAGACGCCCUUUUCUUUAGGAGUUUAGUUUGUUACAAUGUAAAUACGUUUUGAGCCAAAUGCUAAUGUAGAAAGUAGUGCAUAAACCCAAACGUCUGCUCUAAUUGUGCAUCGAUAUCAAUGGGAGAUGUUUGUGAAAGUUUAAGAUAUAAGUUCACACUUUUCAUUUGAGAAUUCUGCUCAAGAAACGGGUAAACACUAUAACGUUGUGAUGAAAUUAAGUAGAUCUAAUUGAUUGUUUAGAAAAAAAGUUAUGUUUUUGUGUAUGUUUAUGACUGACUGACUUUACAUUGGAGGAAGUAGGUUGUUUUCAAUCAAAAUGGUAAUAAAUAAACAAAUAGCUUCUUAACGAGAGCAAUUUCUCAAGCAAGAAUUUUGCUAGGACUGUCUGGGAGUGG